AAUGUUUUAACAUCAUACUUGAACGUAUUUUUAGAGUUGAAGUUGAUAACACUUUAUCGUAGUAGCUAGACUGUUUGCCUAUAUUGAAGUUUUUGGUCAAUAUUAGUAUUUUAAGUUAUGGCUUCCGAUGAACAAAAUUUAGCAACAGCUGAUUAUUUGGUGCUGCAUCCAAGAGAAGCUUGUCAUUUGGAUCUUCUUCGGAUCUUUUAUUCAUCACGUCUAGAGAAACACGACUUCUUCGAUUCACCGGUGGAAGACCGGCUGACCGGCCUUCGAGGGCGGUGGGUCGUCUUCGUCUCCCUCGCCGGCCAGAAGAUGCUUCUCCGGCUGAAAAAACCCUUGGCGACCGUGGGAUCUAUCAUGGAGAAGUGGUUGAAUUAUCCAACCAGCAAUGGUGGCUAUGGCCGUCUUUUCUGGAACAUUUUGACAGGAAAUGUGGUGACGCCGGAUGGCUCGUCGGCAACAUUCAGGUCACUGAUCGGAAGUCUGGACACCCGGGUGGAGUUGGAAGCUAAUAUUAGAGUCAACGACGAGGGGUAUGGUCCGGCAUUAUCCGUAAUGGCCGCUAAAAUAGCCUACGAGAAUGAGGCCUUCAUUACUACUGUUGUGAGAGAUCACUGGAAGAUGGAAUACUUGGGCCUCUUCAACUUUUGGAAUGAAUACGAAGGACAAUACACAACACAGGCCAUUAUGUUCCAAGACAAGAAGGUUGAUCCAAACCUAAUCAUGGUUGCCUUUAGAGGGACGAGUCCAUUCGAUGCCGAUGACUGGAUCACAGAUUUAAACAUAUCAUGGUACGAAAUCGAAGGUGCCGGCCGAGUUCAUGCUGGAUUCCAGAAAGCUUUAGGCCUUCAAAAAGAUAAGGGUUGGCCCAAGGAAAUCGAUCCCGUCUCAGCAGGCACAAAGCAAUUCGCUUAUUACACCAUUAGAGAAAAACUGAGAGACAUAUUGAGCCAAAAUAAGAAUGCAAAAUUCAUGGUCGCUGGCCACAGCUUAGGAGGAGCUUUGGCAAUUCUGUUUCCAGCCAUUUUGAGUUUCCACGAAGAGAAAUGGUUGUUGGAUAAAAUGGAAGGAGUGUACACAUUUGGACAGCCCAGAGUUGGUGAUGAGAAGUUUGGGGAAUUCAUGAAGGAAAAACUGAGAACUUACAACGUGAAAUACUCUAGGUAUGUUUACUCUAACGACGUGGUUCCUCGCUUGCCUUACGAUGACAAGACCUUCAUGUUCAAGCACUUUGGCCCUUGUCUUUAUUUCAACAGCCUUUACCAAGGACAGGUAACUUAAUUUAUUUUACUACAACUAUUUUGUUACAGUAAAAAAAAUAUGUGUUUUCAAGCUGUCUAGCUAGCUAUAAGUAUUUUGUUCUCAUUGGAUGUUUCCUGAAAUCUCUCAGAUAUUGGAAGAGGAACCAAACAAGAACUACUUUUUGGUGUUGUAUGUUUUACCCAAGAUUUUGAGUGCAGUUUUUGAGUUGACAAGGAGUUUCAUCAUCCCUUUUGCAAGGGGAAAGGAGUAUAGGGAAGGAUUGCCUUUGAUUAUAUUUAGGAUCAUAGGGUUAGUAUUUCCUGGAGUAUCAAAUCAUGGUCCUCAAGAUUAUGUUAAUCUUAUUCGGUUGGGGUACUUUUUACCAAAAUCCGUUGAACUACAAGAAUCAAAACUAGAAUAAUUGGGUAAAGUCAUUGAUAACAGUACUACUCUGCAAUAACACAGGGAUGGAGAUAGUAAGGGCGGUCGCUCCUCUACUUUAGAUUUUUUGCUUUGCUGUAGAUGUACUAAAUUUUUUUAAUAUUCUCUCUUGGAGGGAAAAAAUUCAAUCUUUGGCUCUACUUUCUUAAAAUUCUGGUUCCAC